AUGGAGAUAGCACUGCAAGGCGACAGCAAGGGUAUACUCUACGAAGGCUACACGAAAGCCUUCAGACAGUGCAUUUUCGAAGAAGGAGAUGUUGAGGGAAAGAACGAACGAUAUGAAUUCCGCUGUGACUAUGAUCUCGAAUGUUGCGGACGCACAUGCUGCAUUCCAACACCGGCUACUAUUCCUCUCUGGCUGAUGAUCCUCUGCAUCAUUUUGGCUAUUCUGGCUCUUCUUCUCUUCCUAGCCUGCCUUGCAUACUAUUUGGCCAAAUGGUGGAGAAGCCGUCCAAAGAAAGAAAAAUUCGUGCCGUCUCCAAUGCAAGAGACGACGUGUAUGCUACCGAAACCUGUGCAAAUCACUCAGAGAAGCGAGGACGAGAUCAGUCGGGCAUGCUCGGCGCAGCACCUAGAGCCGGCUCCACUUUCGCCACAGAGAGCUCACAACGCCUUUUACAGACCGUUUGUGGCUGAUGACGUAGACGAUAGAGAUAUGCCAGCACCACUUCGCGGCUCGAUUUCAUAUCAUUCGGUGAAUGAGCUCACGCACAGCCAAUUCGGUACCAUCAAAACUAUCGAGAAGCCAAAAGACCGCAGCUCGGAGCGCAUGUACAAAAGACCAGGAUUCGACAACGUCCCAUCCUACUAA